AUGGCUAGCCAGGUGGCCACGCCCACAUCCCUGCAGACCACUGCUACCUCCUCCUCUACGUCUCUGUCCUCACCUGGCCUGUCGCCAUCCUCGCCGGUGCAGCUUAGUCCUGAUGAUGUGGAGCUGCUCGCCAAGCUGGAGGAGCAGAACAGGUUGCUGGAGACAGACAGCAAGUCACUACGCUCCAUGAAUGGCUCCAGGCGGAACAGUGGCUCCUCCCUGGUAUCCAGCUCAUCUGCCUCCUCCAACCUCUCGCACCUGGAGGAGGACACGUGGAUCCUCUGGGGGCGCAUCGUAAAUGAGUGGGAGGAGGUGCGCAAGAAGAAAGAGAAGCAGCUUAAGGAUCUUGUCAGAAAAGGGAUUCCUCACCACUUUCGGGCAAUCGUGUGGCAGCUGUUAUGCAAUGCUCAGAAUAUGCCCAUCAAGGACCAGUACUCAGAGCUGCUAAAGAUGACGUCUCCAUGCGAGAAGCUGAUUCGCAGAGACAUUGCCCGUACCUACCCUGAACAUGAAUUCUUCAAGGAGAAAGACAGUUUAGGGCAAGAAGUGCUCUUCAAUGUCAUGAAGGCAUAUUCUCUGGUGGAUCGUGAGGUUGGAUAUUGUCAAGGCAGUGCAUUCAUCGUAGGACUGCUACUCAUGCAGAUGCCAGAAGAGGAGGCUUUCUGUGUGUUUGUGAAGUUAAUGCAAGACUACAGAUUACGAGAACUCUUCAAACCCAGCAUGGCUGAGCUGGGCCUCUGCAUGUACCAGUUUGAGUGUAUGAUCCAGGAGCAUCUUCCAGAGCUGCACAUGCAUUUUCAGGCUCAAAGCUUUCACACCUCCAUGUACGCCUCCUCCUGGUUCCUCACCAUCUUUCUCACAUCUUUCCCUCUGCCUGUUGCUACAAGGAUCUUCGAUAUCUUCAUGUGUGAGGGUCUGGAAAUAGUUUUCCGAGUGGGACUGGCCAUCCUCCAGAUGAACCAGACUGAACUCAUCCAGCUUGACAUGGAGGGCAUGUUACAGCACUUUCAGAAGGUCAUCCCACACCAGCUCGACAGUGGACCAGACAAGGUCAUCCAGGCUGCUUAUCAAGUCAAGUACAAUGCCAAGAAGAUGAAAAAGUUGGAGAAGGAAUACACUACAAUCAAAACAAAAGAGAUGGAGGAGCAAGUGGAGAUAAAGAGGCUACGGACAGAGAACAGACUCCUGAAGCAAAGGAUAGACACAUUAGAGAAAGAAAGUGCUUCCUUGGCAGAUAGAUUGAUCCAGGGACAAGUGACUCGAGCACAAGAGGCCGAGGAGAACUACCUGGUCAAGCGGGAGCUAGCCACAGUCAAACAGCAGAGCGAGGAUGCCAGUGCUCAGCUGGAGCAGGCCAAGAAAACCAUCAGCCAGCUCCAGCAGCAGCAACAGCAGCCACAAGCGAAGGGAGUCCCUCGGUACUCGGAGGAGUCAGUCCUGCAGCUGGAGCGAGAACUCGUGCAGGCCAGACUGAAGGAGGCCGAGUCCCAGUGUGCUCUCAAGGAGAUGCAAGACAAGAUCUUGGAAAUGGAGAAGAGGAACUCAUCUCUGCCAGAUGACACCAAUGUGGCACGUCUUCAGGAGGAGCUGAUAGGGGUAAAACUGAGGGAGGCAGAGGCUCUGACCGGCCUCAAAGAACAAAGACAACAAGUCAGAGACCUGGAAGAUCACUGGCAGCGUCACCUGGCACGGACCACUGGUCGCUGGAAGGACGGCCCGAAGAAGAAUACGCUGAGUGAGCUGCAGGAUGAGCUGAUGAGUGUGAGGCUGCGAGAGGCUGAAGCUCAGGCAGAGCUGCGAGAGACGCGGCAGAGAAUGCUGGAGCUGGAGACACAGAAUCAGAUUCACAGCAACCAGUUGCGGCGGGCAGAGCAGGAGAGUCGCUGCCUGAAUGAGCGUGUGCAGACCCUGACGACGCAAAAUAAAGAUCUGAAUGUGCAACUGCAAGAGAUCAAACGCAGACAGGCUGAAAUUGAAUGCAAGAGUAAGGAGGAAGUAAUGGCAGUGAGGUUGAGAGAAGCUGACAACAUAGCUGCUAUGGCUGAACUCCAGCAACAGAUCUCAGAGCUUGAGAUUCAGAAAGAAGAAGGAAAGGUCCAAGGCCAGCUGAACCACACCGACUCCAGCCAAUAUAUCCGUGACCUCAAAGACCAAAUCGCAGAGCUAAAACAUGAGAUUUGCUGCUUAAAAGGGCAGAGGGGCAUGGCCAAUCAGCCCACUUUUGAUGGGAUCCAUGUCAUCAAUCACUAUGUGGGGGAUGAUGAGUCUUACCACUCUUCAGAUGAAGAUGGAGUCAAGGACCAGACCCAGCCGAGGAGCGGUGGCGGCCGGAUCAGAUUACGGCCUAACCUCGCAGACACCGACAGCGACGAGGAGGAGGACGGGGAGGCCCUGCGGCUCUCUGUACCCCCCAGCAGCCAUAAGUCCACCACCGUGUGACGGCCUGAGUCGGGACCGGACAGAGGCUGUGAGCACACACUGAGGAAGAGGAAAGUGUUUGGAGCAGCCGUUUCAGAGGACAAGUCUGGAUCUGGAGUUUGGAAUUUCAGAAUGGAAAUGCAUCAUCAUUUCAUAUCAUGAGAAUCACACUUACGGAUGUAGUUUUUCAUUUUGUUUACCUUCAGUUUGUAGUUUUCGUGUCUUCUCUGAGGGCUGUCUGUGUGAGCAUCCGUCUGGACCUCAGCAGAGAAUCUGUCUGAAAUCAUGAGGAGCGAAUCAAACUCUACUGGGCCACAGAGACCAGACGAGGAGGGGAGGGGGCGUCACUCCUCUGCACCCCCCCUCCAGCUAGGUACAACACAGACAAAGAGACUGUGCAAUAAAACAUUUGACGCUAUAUUACACACUUCAUCCAACAUGUUUUUAUACUUUUAAACCAUUUUAUAACUGAAGAUCUUGAUGCCGUUACUACAAAGUGUCCAUCACACAGAGGCAGGAUUGUAUGAGUGGUGUGUGUUUGUGUGUGUGUGUGUGUGUGUAUAUAAAUAUAUAUCUGUUGUCUUGAUGAGCUUUGUCAGAGCCUGGUAUCAAACAUGCUUGUAUCAGCCGGCACUUCUUACUAUUAUUAAUAUUAUUAUGACUUAUUGGCCUUAGCACAUGUCACAUGUGAGUGGGACAUGUGUGUACCUGUAGAUAUGUACAUGUGUAUUAUGUUUUUUCAAUUCCUUUUGAACUUGAAACUAUGUAUCUAUUGCAUAUUGGAUAUUUAGAAUUUAUUGUACAAAUCAGAAAAAAGGGACAUACGUAAGUUCAGAAGGGUAAUACAAAUGACAAAUCCUGCUUUUGACACAUGAGAUGAGUUCCUGUUCGACAAACAAACAAAAGAACCGGUCAAUUCAAGUGUGUGAGGAGACGGCUUUACUCUAACUACUGUCACUGUGUUCAGAGGUCAUUGAAAGCAUCCUGACUGUACUUUCACAAUGAGCCUGGCAGAAAAGUCAAUGCUGCACAUACGAAGUACUCCGUAUUAAUACGUCAAACAUGAGUAAUGGCUUUCAUACGCUGUGUGUAUCACAGUUUUGCACAGAAGUGGAUGACAGUUGUGGGAAACUUUAACUGUGACAUAACGCUGAGAUAACACAGUACACAAUUUUCUAAGUGUUACAAAAGUACGCACUAUACUCUGCAUCGUGCUCAUCUACAGUCCAAUCCCACUCCAUUUCAGGCACUCAGACGUAUGAAACUGUGUCUGAAUUAGAGCUGCAACUAUUCACUGACUAGUUUUCUUUUAAUUUCCAAAUAUUUUGAUAAUCAGUUAAUUGGUUUGAGUAAUUUCAGUCAAAAUUAUCUGAUCCCAGCUUUUAAAACGUGUUUAAUUCUCAGUUUCUCUCCUCCUCAAUAACAGUAAGUGCUAAUUUUCAGACAUUUCUAGACCGACCAACUGAUUAACAGAGAAAAUAAUCCACAGGGUGAAAAUGAAAAGAAUUGUUAGUUGCAGCCCUAACCUGAAUGUGUAUCGAACACUAACCCCUGUAUUCAGUGAAUAAGUGGCUGUGAAUGCAGCAGUGUUGCUUGUCAUGUCCAAGCAGAAAGGAUUGUGACGUUUGGUUAAGUGAUGAUAAAGUCCAUUUGAUGAACAGAAGUCCUGUGGUAUUGGAUGGGAGAGGAACGCGUUAUGGCACUUUUCUUCAAGUCUGCAGUGCAGUUAAGGACACACAUGGCAACACUAUGGAGCAUCAGCUGGAGACGAAAUGAGAUUGUGUGUAUGAGAGAGAUGAGUUCACAAUAAAAUGUUUGAUAAACUCU